GUGCUGCACGCCGUCAGUGCCGGUAGGCAGGCCGAGUCGCUGCGCGUCGCUUCAGGAUCGUGUCGAGCGCGCGAGGCGCGUGUGCAGUGUGUUUGUGUGUGUGUGUGUAGUGCAGUGACAGUGCGUGUGUGUGAUAUGGGAUGUUGACGUGAGACCCCCCCGGGCCCCCCCAUGUGCAGCACCACCCUGAUGGAGGUCUCGCCCAGCGACGAGCUCCCCCGGCCGCCGCACUUCCUCCUCAACAAUAAUAACAAUAACAACAACAUCAGCAAGCCCCUGGUCGUGGGAAUGGCGCCGGCGUCGCCCGACGACUCGUCGGCCGGCGACGACCGCGUCGCGCCCCUGAGCCCGGACAGCCCCGGCGCGAGGAGCAUCCGCGAGGAUGACGACGACGAGAUCUCUGUGGGCUGCCCGUCGCCGCAGACGCAGGUCCGCGAUGACACCAUGUCCGAGGACGAAGAGGAGUACCUCCACCGGCAGCGGCACUACCGCAGCGGGUCGUCGAGCCCCGAGCACCGCCUCGAGGACGACUACUUCAAGCCGCUCAAGAAGCUCAAGAUGAUGCAGAUCAACAAGCAGCGCAAGCUGCGGCGGCAGUCGGCGUCGCCGCCGGCGCUCAGCCUGCCCAUCCCCAUUCCGGCGCCGCCGCCGCCGCCCCCGCCCGCCUUCGACUCGGAGUCCACCCCCACCAGCGGCACUUCCCCGACGGGCGUCAAGUCGUUCAGCAUCAUGGACAUCCUGAACCACAGGCCGCGGCCGGCGCACAGCCCCGUGCCGCCGUCGCCCGUGCCCAUGGCGCCCUCGGCCAUGCACCGGGUGGACGCGGCGCACGCCGUCGGCCUCAUGCUGCAGAGCCCCGCCAUGCUGGCCGCCGCGGCCUCGGCCGCCGCCUCGCGGAUAGUGCGGCCGUGGGACUUCGGCGGCAUGCUGGACCCGGCGAUCAUGAUGGAGCGGCUGCACCAGCAGCAGCAGACCCUGCGCCGCCACCAGCAGCACGUGCAGCACGUGCAGCAGCAGCACCUCCACCUCCAGCAGCAGGCCGCGGCCCACCACCAGGCGCAGCAGGCGCUGUCCCUGUCGAGGCCGCAGUCGGCCGACCUGUCGUCGUCGGCGUGCUCGUCGGGCCGGUCGUCCACCGCCAGCGACUGCUGCUCGCCCAGCCCGGAUGUGCGGCGGCAACAGCAGCAGCAGCAGCAGGGCAAGGACGGCAAUUCGCCCCUCGACGCCCUGUUCCAGAUGACGAGCAAGACCUUUGACGGGCUCAACGGCGAGCAAGCUGCAGAGGGUUCCGGGAGUCAUCUCAACCUGUUCAACUCGAGGCAGCAGCCGAAGAAGAAGAGGAAGUCACGCACCGCCUUCACCAACCACCAAAUCUUCGAGUUGGAGAAGAGGUUCCUCUACCAAAAGUACCUGAGCCCCGCUGAUAGGGACGAGAUCGCAGCCGGGCUAGGCCUCUCCAACGCGCAGGUCAUCACGUGGUUCCAGAAUCGACGGGCGAAACUAAAGAGGGACAUGGAGGAACUGAAGAAGGAUGUGGAGUCAGCCAAGGUGCUGACGGCGCACAAGUCUUUCCUGGAAAAGGUCCACAGCCUGGGCGUUCUGAAGAAGAAGGCGCAACCUCAGGAGAAGCCCCCCGUGCCCGAAAAGUGAUAAUUGUGUGUCGAUGAAAUGUGGUGCUAAAAGAAACUCGAGUGACUGUCCCACAUUCCUACUGUGGCCACCCACCUCUGCUGAGCCCGUGCGCCCUCUUCCUUUGAUUUGCGAUCGCUGGGGGCGCCACCGGCAGCCGCUCUCCAGAGAAGUGUGCAGGGUGCGAACAAUAUGAGUUUGUGUUCGAGAUCGAGGAUGUCGGUGCUUUUGUGCGCUAUUAGUUACCAAAAAAGUAUUUAAAAAGAUAUAUAUUGUGAAAACUUGCCCUGUUUACCAAAAAUUAUGUGAAAAAUCUUAGCUGAGUUGUGCUUGCACGCGAGCCCUAUCUGUAUGAUAAAGUUUAUGUAUAGAAAAUGUCGUCGUAGCGGAUGUGGUGUGUCCGCGGCGCCUUGUAACUUUGUUCCUGUAAACGGCGGUGGAUUUUAAUCCAUGCGUUACUUACAUCAGGUGUUCUCAAGCGAGAGACGUGAGGGCGUGGUUUCCGUAAUAAGUCAGGUGGAGGAAAUCGCUUUCGCACGUCUGUGGUUCCAUUUGCUUGCAGUUUUUUUUCCGUCAUUUUUAAGUUUUCCAGGACAAACAUAUUUGUUUGUCACUGUAUUUCAAAGACUGCACAGUUUUGUUUGACGAAAGAAAACAGGGAAUCGAUGUAUUUCCGUUCGCGAAUUUACUUUCACAUGAAAUGGAACCAGUUGUAUUGUACACUUUUGUAGAUCUCACCUAUAGAUUUAGUUCCUAUUUGUCUACGUUGCCAUGUACAUAAUGUCUAAAGAGUGAAUAUUGUACAAAUAGGAUUCAUCGAUGUGUACAAAAGAGCGGCACAGUUUUUAGCCCACAUUAAAAUGUCUUUAUUUAUAAUCUUAAUUCUGUACAUUUGACUUAGAUUUGAAGGCUGUCAAACAGUUUGCUUUUUAGAGGGUGCUUCAGAUCAUGUCCAUAGCUAUUUUGAGUUGAUGUUAUUCCAACUCUUGUGAUAUUUUAUUUAAUACGCAACGCUCGGCGUCUUGGAUUAUAAGGCGCCAAUGUUUCUUCUGAUUCCCGAGAUACUAGGUCUCAAAAAGGUCAAUUUAAAGCUAUCUGUCCAAAUUUUUGAACUUGUAUAAUGAUUAGUUUUUUUAGUAUUUUAGGUUCAAUACUUUGACCGUCUGUGAUUUUUUCCCUUGGCCCCAUAUUAUCCAAAUUACGGUUUGUUCAUCAUUAAUUCUGUUAAUUAUUUAUUUCAUCUCAAAUUGGUCAGUACCGUUAUUAUUGAAGUAAUUUUUUGCCAAAUAACGAGCUCAUUGUAAAUUUCAUUGUAAUCUUUAACUCUGUGCAUAAUUUGCGUUGUGUAUUAUUAAGCGGCGAUCCUGCCUUUGCCAUCAAACCAAAUGCUUAAUGUGUAUAACUUAUACGUGUUGAAGGAUCUUGCAACUAUUGUGAUCAAUUGGAAUAUUAUACGUUGCUCUAAAUGAA